AUGGCGAGGAGACUGCCACAACAGCGAACGACCUACGCACACACCUUCACACCAUUCUUGCAGCGAUGCCAGCAAGAGCUGAGUAAUACGCUCGAGUCCACGAAGCGUGCCAAGCCGGAGAGGGUUCGCGUGGCACAGGAAAUCGGUGGCAUGGAGCUUUACAAGGGGGCUCUUGAUGGCUUAAUGGCCUUCACGCUGACAGAGCUCGAAUACGCUGAGGCGGGAGUGGAGGAGGUGGUGGAGAAGCGGUCAAAGGAAGUCCGCAGCAGCAUGGAACCGACUCGAAGAGAUGCAGGCAAGUCUGAACUGUGGAGCCGCCUCGUGGGACACCUCAUGUGGCCGUUGCUUGUCUGCGUAUCAAUAGAGGCCUUUUCGUUUCCCCUCUCCCGCAAACAGGUCUGUAGUGGUAUUGUCGCCCAACGUUGUUUUGCCCUGUGCGCUGUGGGGCGAUGUUACGGGACAACGUCAGCAUCGUCCCCUUCCUCGUCUUCCUUUGCGCGGUGCCAGAGCUUUCCUGUGAGUGCGCCUGCGUGCAACCACAUGUGCAUGGCCACCACCUCCGCCCCCCCCCCUUCUCCCUCCUCCUCUCUCGCUUUCGCCAUCUCUCACGUAGAUACUACCUCGUCUUGCUUUGCAACAUGUGUUCUUCUGCUUUCUUUAUGA